CUCAGGCAGCAACAGCAGCCCCAGCCCGUCGAAUCAUUUCCGCCCUCCUCGCCUGGCUAUACGUACACUACACCACUAGUCUUUAUAGGCGGGUGAUCAUGUGGCCUGCUGCUACAGAGUGCGUGCAUGGGGGUGGGGAGCCACUCCUCCGAGGCUGCCCAGGCAUGAUUCCGGGAUUAUUUUUGUACCGGCCUCGCAGCCUUGGCCAUCGCAUCAACUGUAGGAGGCGAGUGUGGCAGCCUUUCUCGCGGCACUCUUUUUGUUCCUCCCAGACUUCUUUGCACUUUUUCCCCCCUCUCUAGUUUUUUCCAUCGUUCCCUCCACAUUGCCACCACCACCAGAUCAGCUGAGAUCUCACUUUCGAUUCAGUGCCUGGCUUUAAGUAGAGAGGCAGCCGAGCUGAACCUCUCUUCUUUGUAGGCUCUUCUUGGCAACUGGUGUGGUGAUCGCCGCCGGGCUCGAUCUAGUGAUCCCAGCUCAUGAGCACAGGCGAACUGUAGGGCUAUAGGCAGUCGCUAGCCUUGGUCAGUUCAGAGACGAGCGCAGGGUGCAACUGCUGAAGCCUCGCUGCCUGAACCUUGAAGGUACAUCGACGCCUGAUCGCAGACGAAGACGCGAGCGCCGGUCGAGCAGCCAUGAGCGGGUUCGGGCAGAGGUCGCGGCCGUGGCCAGGGGACCCCGCGUCCACGCCGUCAGAGCCAGCCGCAGCGGUGGCGGCGGCCGGGGACGGGAGGGGCGAGGCGUCGGCGCUCAAGGACUUCGGCACGUCCAUGGACGCCAUCUCCUUCGGGUUCGCGGCCACGGCCAUCCUCAUAUCGCUCUUCCUCCUCAUGGCCAUCUUCGAGCACCUCAUCAAGCCCCGGGCCUUCCCGCCGGACUCCCCCGACGCCACGCCCCGCGCCGCGCGCCACCGGCACGGCCGCUCGUCCGGCAAGCUCCGCAGCCCGCCCAUGGUAAGAUCGCCCCCAUGCAGCAGUUACCUUGCUGGCCAGGCUGCCAUACUGGUGGAGGCGGUGCUGCAGGCGGCGGACCUGUCGGUGCUGAUGCCGGGGCAUCGGUACCCGACGUACCUGGCGCAGCCGGCGCCGCUGCCGCCGUCGUGCCCGCGGGAAGGGGUGCAUUGGCCGCCGCACGACCACCAUGCUUCGUACAUGCCGCCCUGAUUCGGAGCCGUGUCCGGCAAACACGACCACGCCGGCAGCAUGCCGUGUUCACCGCACCGUACGCAUUGCUCAUUCAACAUUCAUCGCGCCUGUAUAGCGGAGAGGGGGGGUUGUAAAUGAAAUGCAGGUGAUGGCGAAUCUAAAACGGCCGUGCUCGAUCUGUCCUGGCCGGCCUGUGUUGUUCUUGUCCGCACGCACCGUCCUUUUCAGA